AUGUCCAGAGAUACUACACCAGGGAACAUUGAAAUAGGAGGUUCGGGCUUAACGCCAACUGCUAUGCAAAAUAAUCAGACUCCUAUUCCCUCCAUCACUCAAGUCUCGAGACCCUUUUUCACGAGCAGAGAAAUUAGCUAUCUACAUGGCCAAACCAUCGAUUCAACUCUCAAAUUACAGUAUAGUACAACAAAAUCACUUAUCUUCCAGUUUCUCAGUCAAGCGGUUAAACUUUUGAAAUUCCCUGUGAGAGUUCUUGCAACUGCGAUGAAUAUAUAUCAACGGUAUUACCUAUUUAAUAGAUUCGACAUCACUGGACACAACAACAACAACAACAACAAUAUCAAUGUUAGCGUCAAUAUCAUUGCCGCUAAGCCUCCUCCUCCAUUACUGCCGAAUCAGUUUGACCCUUUUGCAAUAGCAAUAACAUCCCUUUUCUUAGCUAGCAAAAUUGAAGACUGUGUCAAAAAAUUAAGAGAUAUUCAACAAGUAUGCAACAAAAUCCGUGAAAUAGACGAUACAAAAGUUGUAGGGUCUAGUGGAAGUAGCAGUACCAGUGCUAAUUCAAGUGGCGGUACCAAUGCCAAUGGAAAUCUAACCUACAUUGACCUCCAACGGAAACACAUCCUCAACGCCGAAUAUAGACUCUUGCAAAUUACAAAGUUUGACUUCAACUAUGGUAAUAAUCCAAGUUUUAAAAUCAGCGUUGAUGAAUUAAUGAUUCAGUUCUGCAAAAAAAUGGAUAUAAACUACAAAGUGUCAAUGUUGGGUUGGCUGAUCAAUUACGACAUUAUUCAAACUCCGUUGAGUUUGAUGAUUCCACCUCAUUGUAUUGCAUUGGCUAUCAUUAUUGUGGCUUUGAAUUUAAACCCAAAAGGAUUGGCAUUAAAGCAUUAUAAAUUAUCUUCUCGAGAGGGUGAAGAUGAAGGUGAAGGUGAAGGUGUGGACGUGGACGUGGAUGAGGAUAAAGAAGAUGAACGAACAAGACAGAUUUUAGAGUCUAUCGACUGUACUGAACUUUACUGUCCAGAGAUUUUGGUCAAUGAAGCAAUAGUCUACGUCCUUGAUUACUAUACGCAUCAGUACGACUAUAGUGUGUUGACCAAGUAUUUGCCUGAAAUAGACCCCGAGACUGGCAAGGCACAAACCUUUAAGUUUAUGGAUUUGAAAUCAAGAUUCAAUGAUGUUGAGUUGUUAAAUGAACAAAGUUGUACAAGAGAAUUGAAUCUGACUGAUGAAUAUUUGCAAUUGUGGGACUAUAGUGUACCUACCAAGGGUGCUGCGCGGUUUAUGUUGGGAAAUAAAAGAAGGAGAUUCAAUCACGAACAGAGACAAUUGGAGAGACAAAGCAAACAAAAGCAAAUUUAA